UUAGUUAAUAUAUACAAUAUCAUGAAUUUAAAGAUGGCAGUAUUCGUGAUAUGGGUCUAUGGACAAAUGGGGGCUGGUUUUGGAAUUUUCAAUGGAGAAGACCUUUGCGCGCAUGGGAAGAUGACAAAAUGCAACAAAUGCUCGAGGCCAUAAAACACAUAAUGCCGUCACAAGAGGCGGAGGACACUUGGAGCUGGAGGAUGGAUAAGAAAGGAAAAUAUACCACAAGAUCAGCCUAUGAAGAGCUUGCAAGUAAAGAAGAAAACAAUUUGAUGGAACACAAAAAGCUGUGGGGUGCAAAGGUCCCAUCAAAAGUGAGUGCUUUCUCUUGGCAACUGCUGCUUGAUAGAAUCCCUACCAAGUAUGUACUCAGGAAAACUUGCACGGAGGUCUUCCGUCAACAUAGCUGGCACAAAGGACCAAAAAUCUUGAGAAAAAGCUGGAAUAUAUUAUGGUUCGCCUUAGUGUGGACAAUUUGGUUGAGUAGAAAUGAAACAGUUUUCCAACACAAGAAGCACGAUGAUGAUAAACUGCUUCAACUAGUACAGAUUCGAUCAUUUCAUUGGGUUAGAAUUCUAUUGAAUCUUGAAAACUUGUCAUUAAUGGAAUGGAUUUCUAACCCAGUGAGAUGCAUGACAAAUACGAAAUAGAGGUUUAUGCUAGUGUUGGGUUCCUUGCAAUUUAGUUUCUUUAGUUGUAUAUUUUUGGAUACACAUGUUGAUGUUUUAUGGGUUUGAGUACCCCUUGUACUCAGUUAAUAUUAUGAUAUUUCUUUUGCUUUUCAAAAAAAAAAAAACUAAUUU